AUGGCUCAACUCCUGAGUAGCAUACUCAGUGUGAUCGAGGUGUUUCACAAAUAUGCCAAAGAGAAUGGGGACUGUGCCUUACUAUGCAAGGAGGAGUUGAAACAACUGCUCUUGGCUGAGUUUGGAGACAUCCUCCAGAGACCAAAUGACCCAGAGACUGUGGAAACCAUCUUGAACCUCUUAGAUCAAGACCGAGAUGGACAUGUUGAUUUUCAUGAGUACCUCUUGUUGGUGUUCCAGUUGGUCCAAGCCUGCUAUCGUAAGCUAGACAAUAAGUCAUAUGGAGGCAGGACCUCGCAGCAAGAAAGGGGGCAGGAAGGAGCACAAGACCGUAAGUUCCCAGGAAACACAGGUACACAACACAGACAGAGGCACGAGGAAGAAAGGCAGAACUCCCACCACAGUCAAGAUUCUCACCACAAUCAGCCUGAGAGACAAGACAGAGAUUCCCACCACAGUCAGCCUGAAAGACAAGACAGAGAUUCCCACCACGGUCAGGCUGAGAGACAAGACAGAGAUUCCCACCAUGGUCAGCCUGAGAGACAAGACAGAGAUUCUCACCACAAUCAGUCUGAGAGACAAGGCAAGGAUUUCAGCUUUGAUCAGUCAGAGAGACAAAGUCAAGACUCCAGCUCUGGUUCUGGUAAAAAAGUGAGUCACAAAUCUACCAGGGGCCAGACUAAAUGGCAGGGACAUAUAUUUGCCUUAAAUGGGUGUGAAAAACCAGUUCAAGAUUCUCAUUAUGGUCAGUCUGAAAGACUUGCACAACAGCCUGAAACAUUUGGACAAGACUCUCACUUUAACCGAACAAAUCAACAGAAAUCAGGCUCUUAUUGUGGACAGUCUGGGAGGCUGGGUCAGGAAUUAGGCUGUGGUCAGAUGGACAGACAAGACCAGAGUUAUCAUUAUGGUCAGACAGACAGACAAGACCAGAGUUCCCACUACGGUCAGACAGACAGACAAGGCCAGAGUUCCCACUACAGUCAGACAGACAGACAAGACCAGAGUUCCCACUACAGUCAGACGGACAGACAAGGCCAGAGUUCCCACUAUGGUCAGACGAACAGACAAGGCCAGUGUUAUCAGUAUGGUCAGACAGACAGACAAGGGCAGAGUUCCCACUACAGUCAGACAGACAGACAAGGCCAGAGUUCCCACUAUGGUCAGACACACGAACGCCAGAGUUCCCACUAUGGUCAGCCAGACAGACAAAGCCAGAGUCCCCACCUUGGUCAGACAGUAGACAAGACCAAGAGUUCCCACUGCAGUCAGACAGACAGACAAGGCAGAAGUUCCCACUACGGUCAGCCAGACAGACAAAGCCAGAGUCCCCACUAUGGUCAGACAGACAGACAAGACCAGAGUUCCCACUAUGGUCAGACAGACAGACAAGGCCAGAGUUCCCACUAUGGUCAGACAGACAGACAAGACCAGAUUCCCACCCAUGGUCAGACAGACAGACAAGGCCAGAGUUCCCACUGUAGUCAGACAGACAGACAAAGCCAGAAGUUCCCCUGUGGUCAGACAGACAGACAAGGCCAGAGUUCCCACUGUGGUCAGACAGAAACAAGGCCCCAGAGUUCCCACUAUGGUCAGACAGACAGACAAGGCCAGAGUUCCCACUACAGUCAGAUGGACAGACAAGGACAGAGUUAUCAUUAUGGUCAGACAGACAGACAAAGCCAGAGUUCCCAUUAUGGUCAGACAGACAGACAAAGUCAGAGUUAUCAUUAUGGUCAGACAGACAGACAAGGCCAGAGUUCCUGCUGUGUUCAAUCACAGACUGGGGAAAUACAAGGGCAAAAUAAGUACUUCCAAGGGACCGAAGGAACAAGAAAAGUCUCUUAUGUUGAGCAAUCAGGAAGAUCAGGGAGGCUAAGUCAACAGACUCCAGGACAGAAAGGGUACCAAAACCAGGGACAGGGAUUCCAGUCUAGGGACUCACAGGAGAACAGCCACCAGGUAUGGGAGCCUAAAGAGGAUAGCCAACACCACCAACACAAACUCUUAGCACACAUCCAACAAGAAAGACCACUUUGUCACAAAGGGAGAGACUGGCAAUCAUGCAGUAAUGAGCAGGGCCACAGACAGGCCAAGACCAGGCAGAGUCAUGGUGAGGGGCAGAGCCACUGGGCAGAGGAAGAGCAGGGCCAUCAAAGUUGGGAUAGACACAAUCAUGAGGGUCAGGAAGGUCCAUGUGGGACACAGGACAGGCAAACCCCUGAAGAUGAGCAGAACCAUCAGAGACGAGACAGACAAACCCAUGAAGAUGAGCAGAACCACCAGAGACAAGACAGGCAAACCCAUGAAGAUGGGCAGAACAGUCAAAGACGAGACGGGCAAACCCAUGAAGAGGAUCAAAACCAUCAGCAACAACAUAAUAGACAAAACUAUGAGGAGAAAGAGAGAUAUCAAGGAUCUCAGAAUCAAAAAUCCCAAGUGACCCAGAGAAGCUGUCAUAACAGAGAAAAAUUCCACAUGAAUGAGGAUGACCAGAGCCAAGGUUCACAGAAAAGACACACUGAGCCAUCCUUCUAUCCAACCCAGAGCAGUGGGAGGCCCCAAAACAGAGAACAGCGUGGUCACCCUAUCAAGGCAGCUACUGUUCCCAACCCCCUCUAUGACUAUGUGCAAGAGCAGAAAUCCUAUCGAUACUAGUCUAUGUGAGCACCAGAGGUAAAGCAACACAAAGGCAAAAAAGAAACCUAUAUGUUGAGUUCACCUUUAAUUCUACUUAAAAGAUCAAGAA